AUGAAGUGGAGGGAACUGUCCGGCGUACUCUGUGACAACAGGAUGCCGGUGCGUGUGAAAGGGAAGGCAUACAAAAUCAUCAAUAAUCUCAUUUAUGGUAGUGAAUGCUGGCCCAUAAAACAGGCCCAUGCGACAAAAAUACACGCAGCGGAAAUGAGGAUGCUCAGAUGGGCUGGAGGUGUUACCCUUGCCGACAAAGUGAGAAACACUCAUAUCCGUGGAAGCUUCAAGAUUAGACCAAUUGAAGAGAAGCUGUCGGAAAGACGUCACCAAUGGUAUGGCCACGUGAUGAGAAGACCUGAAGAGCACAUGACCAAGCGAGUCUUGGCCAUAAAUUCUGGACCGAAAAAGCGAGGUAGACCUCUACAAACUUGGAUGUCUGUUAUCAACAAAGACCUGAAGAAAGCUCAAGUAAAUGAUUCGACGACCCGGAAUCGAUGUCUCUGGCGAAGAAUGACGAGGAGAGCCGACCCCAAGUGA